AUGGCAGCACAAAACUCCCAAACUCACUUUCAAGAUUUCUUGCCUGUGAUGGCCAACAAGCUUGGUGGGGAUGGUCUAAUUGAUGAACUCUGCAAUGGGUUCAAUCUUUUGAAGGAUUUAGAAAAAGGGGUCAUCACCUUUGACAGCCUCAAGAGGAAUUCUGUCCUUCUUGGCCUUCAGGGCCUCAGUGAUGAGGAUCUUCGCUCCAUGCUUGUGGAAGGUGACUUUGAUGGUGAUGGGGCGCUCAAUCAGUUGGAGUUCUGUGUAUUGAUGUUCAGACUCAGCCCUGAACUCAUGGAAGGUUCAAAGUUGUGGUUGGAGCAAGUCCUUCAACAAGAACUCAAAGAUUACCUCUAA